AUGAGUGAAACAUUAAGAAUAUUAAAAAAACGAUCUAAAAAAAGAAAAAAAAUGAUUGCGAAAACCUUAGGUUUCUCUGAUGUACAACAGUUGAGACUAGCAUUAAAUCCUUAUAGGAAGACCAAAAUGCAAAUGCGUUCAGUUAAAAAAUACAAUACAAUUGCAAGGAGUCCAGAAAAUACUUUUAGAGAUUCAACACCAUUUCUGAAAGGUACAAUAUCGUAUAAUCCGCACAAUGAUUACUGUCAACAUUUUAUUGAUACUGGUCAACGUCCACAAAAUUUUAUUAGAGAUGUUCACCUAACUAACAGAUUUGAAGAACUUCCUAAGUUAAAGGAAUUAGUUCAUCUAAAGGAUGAACUUGUUUUGGAAACUGCUACUCCGCCAAUGUUUCUAAAGUGUGAUCUGAGAACAUAUAAUUUGGAAAAUUUAAAUGUAAAAUUUGAUGUGAUACUUGUUGAACCACCUCUAGAAGAAUAUCAACAAACAUUAGGUACAACCAAAAAAAGUCUAUGGAAUUGGAAACAAGUAAUGGACUUGAAAUUGAAUGAAAUAGCAGCUCACCGUAGUUUUAUUUUUCUCUGGUGUGGUUCAUCUGAUGGUUUGGAAAAUGGCCGUGAUUGUUUACGUCACUGGGGUUUUAGACGUUGUGAAGAUAUUUGUUGGAUUCAAACAAAUAUUAAAAAAUUUAACCAUUUAAAAUACUUAGAACCAAAUGCUCUCUUCCAACGUACCAAGGAACAUUGCUUAAUGGGUAUCAAAGGAACAGUUCGUCGUUCUACAGACGGUGAUUUUAUUCACUCAAACAUUGAUACUGAUUUAAUUAUUAGUGAAAAAAAUGAACAUGGAUCAACAGAAAAACCAUCAGAAAUAUUCAAUAUUAUUGAACACUUUUGUCUUGGAAGAAGAAGAUUAUAUCUGUUUGGUUGUGAUGGUACUAUACGUCCAGGAUGGCUAACUCUGGGACAAGAAUUGACUAAUUCCAAUUUCAACAUUGAUUUGUAUAAAAGUUAUUUCAUUAAUGGUCAAUUAACAACUGGAUGUACUGAUCGUAUUGAAGAAUUAAGACCAAAAUCUCCACCUUCUUUUAAUAAAGUGCCAAAAUAA